CAACAACUCCUCUAUACAUGCAUGCCAUAAACACUGGCCCCAAUUACUUAACAGAAAAAAAAAAAAAGAGAAGAGAGCAGUAUCUAGUUCUGCCUUGUUCUUGCUCCUUAUAUAAACAGCCAUUGCUUGCUGGUGACAACAUAUCGAUCGAUCAGGCGACGACAACCGCAGCAUCAGAGAGAGCCGAUCGAUCGAUCGAUCUACCACAAGGGAAGCAUGAAGGCUAGCUCCGUAGCAUUGCUCGCCGCCGUCAUGGCGGUCGCGGCGGUGGCCUCGACGGCGGUGGCCAAGGACUACACGGUCGGCGGCUCCUACGGCUGGGACACCUACGUCGACUACGACAAGUGGGCCGCCGGAAAGACGUUCAUCGUCGGCGACACCAUAACGUUCAAGUACGAGCCGUACCACAACGUGGUGGAGGUGCCGGCUGAGACGGACUACGACGGCUGCGUCUCGACCAACCCCGUCUCCGUCCACUCCGGCGGCAACACCACCUUCGAGCUCGCCGCCGCCGGCACGCGCUACUUCAUCUGCAGCAUCCCGCGCCACUGCCUCAACGGCACCAUGCACGUCAAGGUCACCACCGUCCCUUACUCCGCCUCGGCCGCCGCCGCCGCCGCCGCGGACGCCGGCCCUUCCCCGGCGCCGCUCCCCUCGCCUCCCGCCGACGAGCAGCAGCACAGGUCGAACUCGGCGUCGUCGCCGGCGGCCGGCCCGAGCAGCAGCGCGGCGUCCACGCCGCGGCAUCGGAAGCAGCCGGCGGUGGCCGUGGCCGGGCUGGCCUUGGCUGCUCUGGUGGCCAUGGCCGCCUAAACGAUAUAAAAAGAAAUUAAUAUCGUUUUAUAUUUCUUAUUGAUUUUAAUUACUAUUUACAUGUGGCGUACGUAAAUACACGGGUUUCUACGUAUAUUUAUCGAGGUGUGGUGAAACUUCUCUUGCACCAGAGGCGUUUUGUUACUCGUUUUGAGGGUUGCUGUGUAUUAAUUAAUUGUUGUGUAUACAUAAGCCCUUCUGUAUUUUGCAGUUCCAUUUAUUAAAGAGAAGAUUCUUGCUGUUUCAUUUUGAA